AUGGAUCCUCUCUUCUCGGAUCAUUCCCCUUUGUGUGUUAAGCUUGGAGAAGAACCAAAGACCUCAAAGCCCUUUAGGUUCUUCAACAGUCUGGCUGAGCAUAAGGAUUUUCUUUCAGUAGUGACAGAAGCAUGGAAUAAAUCACAACAAGCAGGAAAUAUGGCAGGAAUCUGGAGAAAACUGAAGGAUGUUAGAAGAGCAUUAAAAUGGCUGAAUACAAAUGAAUUCCAAGCAGUAGAUUUGAGGGUAAAAAGUGCUAGACAAAAACUACAUGAUGUCCAAGAACAGAUGAGAACUACAAGCAUAUCAUCACAGAAGUUUGAAGAAGAGAAAGAACUGAAGCAACAACUAGAGAAAUGGGCUACUAUAGAGGAAAGCAUUUAUAAACAGAAAUCUAGAAAUCAGUGGCUGAAGUUGGGUGAUUCUAAUACUGCAUUCUUCUUUGCCAGCAUGAAGAAUAGAAUAAGCCACAAUAAGAUCAGAAGCUUGAAGACUAAUGAUGGAGAAAUAAUUCAGUCUAGGGAAGCAAUAGAAAAGGAAAUAGUGGGAUUCUAUAAAGGACUAUUAGGAUCUGCAGCUGAUACCAUACCAGCCAUACAACCAGUUAUUAUAAAGGAGGGCAAUGUGCUAGAUAGGAGGCAACAAUUGAAGCUAACUGAACCUGUUACUGCAGAGGAAAUUCAAAAUGCUUUAAAAGGGAUAGAUGAUCAAAAGGCUCCAGAUGUGAUGGCUUCAAUUCAAAGUUUUUUAAGAAGACAUGGGGUAUCACAGGUUCAGCAUCCUUCAACAAUCAAGGAUUUCAGGCCUAUUUCAUGUUGCACAGUGUUAUACUAG